AUGAAAUUAAAUCUAUAAGUCUCAAAUAUUAGGAAACACUACGAUAAAUUCGAUUACAUCCUAUAAGAACUCAUCAAUGAAGAUGUUGAUAUCUAAAUUAAUGUGGUUAAAUUAACUCCUUAAACAGAUGCUCUUAUUUAAAAGUUAGAGUCUCACAGAUUUUUAAAUCUGGACCAUUUUUAUAAAAUACCACUUCAUCAAUUCUCUGAUAUCCUCAAAUACGACAAAGAACUUGAAUACAAACUCAAAGAAUUUGUUGCUUCAACAUUUGAUACUCAAUUUAGCUGGUUUAUACAAAAUGAAUAUAUUGUCACCCAUCUAGAUUGCUCAUAUUAGGUCGAUUAAUUUCUAAAUAAGUUGUUCUAUUCGUAGACUAACUUUAAACAAUAUGCAGAUUAUUUGAAUGCUCAACAUUAAAUCAAAGUUUAUGCAAGUCAAGAUGAUAUUCCCUUAAAGGAUUAUAAGAAAUAUAAUACAAGAAGAACUUAUACGUUAUAUGGAUUUAAGAGUCAGCUUAAAUAGCAAAAUGUCUUUGAGAAAAAAGUAGUCAGACAUGAAAAUGAUGUUGCUAUGCAUAAUGUAUUUAUUGAAUACUAUAUUCCUAUAAUUAAAUAAUGGAUUGAAUAGCAUUUAUAUACAUAUGUUGAAGUGCGGAGAGGUCAUUAGAUUAUUGAUUUAUAUGGACCACAUCAACUAGUCACUAAAGCUGAAGAAAUAUUAAUGAAGGAGUAUACUGCCCUUAAUUAUUAAUGUGGAAUACUCAAAUUUAAGGAUCUUGAUGAUGAAUCUAUCUAACUCAUGUAAAUAUAAGAAGUUUUAAAUCAAAAUUAGUAUUACGAUUAUGAAGUGGCAAAACAUAGUUCAUUUGCUUUAGACUAAUUAGAAAACUCAUUGAAAUCAGUUAAAUGUAGAAUCUUUUCUGCAAUUUUGGUUAUUGAUUUUAGGAAUGCUAAACUAUGCAAUAAUGCCAAAUAUUAUUUUAAUUUCAAUUAGGAUAGAAAGAAUAUUGAGAUUAUUCUUGAAAAUGAAGUUUAUAAACUAUCUAAAACCCACAGAGAUGGAAAAGCUUUAAGCUAUUUUGUCAUCAUCAAUGGAAGAUUCUAAUAAUCAGUAUUUCUUAAGAAACUUAAUGACGAUCUGGAUAUUAUUCAUUAGAAUAUACACAAUAUAAACUAAACUAAUUAUUUAAGAAAUUUGUCAGAAAAAGAGUUAAAUAAUCUUCUAAACACUUAUUAGGUUAAAUUAAAAUUCAACUAGAAUUGCAUUGACGUAUUAGGUAAAUAACAAUAAGUAGAUCGUUUUUUAUAAUUCCUAAUCAAAUAAAUUUCACCUCAAGCAGAUGUGAUUGACUUUCAUUAUUUCAGAAAUUAAUUUAAUUAUAAUGUAAUAAUCAACAAUUAUAAGGAUACGUUACAGGAUAUGCUUUAGUAAUGUCAAUGUUAAAGCUCUUUUGAAGAAAAAUCAAUGAUAAUGAAAAUUUUUAGUAGAGAUUCAAGCAAGAUACUUUAAUUAAAAACAUAAUUAAGACUAUUGGAGAACGAUAUUGAAAAAUCUAAAAAAACCAUUUAAAUAUAAAUUGAAAAACCGUUAAAUAUACAUUUACAUUCAUUAAUUCAAUAAAUUUCAUCAAAAUUUCCAUCUGUUGUUAUUACUAUUGAAAAAAAUAAUGAUUCUGGAUUGAAACAGCUUUCAUCUUUCACUAAAAAGUAAUCAAAAAUAAAAGUGUUUUAUGGUUAACCCAAUUUACUAUAUGAUAUUUAGAAGGAUAGUCUAAAUCUGAAAAAUAGUAUGAUCUUAAUACCAACGGAGAAAAUACACGAUUAACCCUAAACAACAUAAUUGUUAUGGUUGAAUGAACUAAUUCAGCAAAAUAAUAUUACUUUAAUCAAUCAGAAGGAAAAUUCUUCUUUUGAAUUGUUUUAGUAUGAGCUAAAUUUUCAACAAAAAUUGACUGACUCCGAUUCAAUUUAGAAAUAUGUGUAUGAAACGGUGGAAGAUCUAUUGAAACCAUAAAAUUAUAUCCACUAUUUUGACAAAUAAAGUUUGCAUAAAUCUUAUGAUAAACUAAUUGAUGAAAUUAAAACCUCAAACCCUACAUCUAUAAUUAUCACAAGUUUAGUUCAGAAAAAUUGUUAAGACCUAAGACAAUUAAUUGAGUACAUCAAAUAAGCAGACUUUCCAUCGAUUUAAAUUUCGUUAAUGACAGAUGAAAAAAAUGACCUGACUGCACUCAAAUCAUUUCUAAAUGAGAAUUUUGAAGAGGAGUAUUCAAAUCAAGACAAAUAAACUUAUCAUAUAUCUAUAAAAGGUUGUUUUUAAGAAACCCUUAAUUAAGUGAUUAAAGAAUUAAAUGAGAUAUGA